AUGGGAUUUAUCCCAGUACCAGCAGAUGGAGGUGAGACAAGGAAACAAACAGGCGCGAACCCGCCGCGCUCCGCCCGCACCCGCGCUGCCCCCGCGGCGCCGCCGCUCUGGGACAGGCACGCAGCCCGCGCCCCGGCCGGCGGCUGCUGUCGGCUCAGCGCGGGAGGGCCUCCCCGCGGCGUGUGGUCGGCGCCGCCGGCCCGUCGUGCACCCGCCCGGCUGGCCGAGCUCCCGCUUGCGUCCCCCGGCUGGUCCGGAGUCCCGACACCGCCUAGACCGCGGCCCCACGGGACACGAGGACCGCGCCCCCCGCGCCCCGGGCGGACGGCGUCCAGGGCUCCGGCCGCGGCCGGGGCGGGCGGGGCUUCGGGCGCGGCUCCAAGCAGCUGGGCAUCCCCCCCGAUAGAUAAUCUUCCAGCUGAUCUGUCCACUGGCAUUUAUUAUGGUUGGGCCAGUGUGGGAAGUGGAGAUGUCCAUAGGAUGAUGGUGAGCAUAGGAUGGAACCCAUACUACAAGAAUACGAAGAAGUCCAUGGAGUCUACGAAAAUUCAGAGUCCAGAGCACUCCUCCCUCCUGCAUCGUUUUGCUUCAAUGUGUCCUCUGCCCGUUUGUCACAUCAUUCCCGUGUCAGGAACCUGCAUUGACUCUUCUGCCCCCACGUCAGCCUCCAGCUCUGCCUGGCCCUCAGGGUUCUGUAACGUGGUUUGUGUCAGAGACGUGGAUCCUGAUUCACCUCAGAACUAGUUAUUUCAGUAGUAACUUCUCUUAAUACUUUGCUCAUUCCCUCCGUGAUGUCUUUGCUCAGUUUUUUUGCCUUGAUAAGACUCUUAAUUACUUUGGUGCAUGUUAGUUUUUUCUAUAAACAGCAAAUCAUACCAGAUUUGUGGUGUAACAUCUGCCUUACUCAGUUAUAAUGUUUACAUGUAAAUUCAGGGGCAGAAACAGGAGCAAUGGAAGAAUGCAGGAAAAACUGCCCUUAGAUUUUAACCUGUCUUUAAAAAUUUAAUGAGCGUUGAUUGUUUCAUUUAAAUUUCUAUGAACGUGAAGAUACAUUUCAAAUUUCAGGUACUCUGUAGUCUGAUGGUAAUCUUUUUAACAUUUCUUGC